CAUUGUUAAAUUUCUGUCAAUGCUAUUUGUUGUUCUAUUUGAAUCACUUUCCAGCAGGUACCUGCUAACUCGGGCAUAAUUGAUACAAGAUACAAAUUCCCUGUGCAAUAACACAUAAAAUAACCACAAAAUGUAAAUUCCCAGCUAAAGGGAUUAUCUUGUUUGUAAUGGGAAUUAUACUAGCACAAAUUUGAUCAAUAUUUUCCCAGUGCUCUGUUUUGCAACUGUCUAUAAAUAUUAGUUCUUUUAUGUGAAGUGACAAGCAUUGUUGGAGUUUACCGUAAUGUCAACAAUAUCUGGAGACACAAUAAUUACAUGGUAUCUAAUGGAAAAAAACAUUGUCCUUUGAUUUACAUUAGUAAUUCCAAUCUGUGGUUAUGAAUCAUGGUAGCUGUAUACCAUUUACAAAAUUGAUUCUGUUGCGGAAAUGUGAUGUUCAUUUUAAAGAUUGUUAAGGUGCAGGCUCAGAGUGAUAGUGCCAGCAGUGACAAGUGUCCUGCAAGAAGUGAGCCAAAGAAAAACAGAAAAUUCUCAUGGUGUUUAAGUAAAGAUGAAGAGGAGGAGGAGCCGUUUGAGGAUAUUAAGCCUUUGAGCUCUAAACUAGAAGACCUGCAGACUUGUAAUGACUUGGUAGGCAAACAUGGAGCAGCUUUGCAGCGGUCAAUAGGAGAACUACAAGAAAUAGAGGACCAACAGGCCUUAAUAAACAAGCUGAAAGCUGUCAACGAGAAGGCUACCCUGUUCCGAAUCACAUCCAAUGCAAUGAUUAGUGCCUGUGCAGAAUUUUUAGAUUUGGCUCAGGUCCAGGAAAAGAAAUGGAACAAGUCAUUGCAAUAUGAAAGACAUCAACGUUUAAAUUUAGAGGAAACUGUGGAAGUUCUUGCUCGACAGCACAAUAACCUAGAACGAGCUUGCCAGCGCCAGGGAGGUGGUCCCCCUGCUUCCCAAGAUCCUCAGGGUGCUGUGGCUAAUGAUAGUGAAGAAGAGGAUGAUCAUGAGUUUUUUGAUGCAAUUUCUGAACAUUCUGAUAGUGAUUCUAUCCGAGGGAGUCAAGAUAGUAUAAGCACUACAAGUACAACCUCAGAAAGCUCAGGAAGAGAAAGCGAGGCAAAGCUAUUAUUACCCAUUGAUGAGAACAAUGGAAAUAAGCUUGAAAACACUGUUACAUCAGUCUCUACUAUUGUACCGUCUGGUUCGUUUGGUUCCAUAACGUCUUAUCCUUCAACAGAUAAAAUAUUAGCAAGAACCUACAGAAAGGCUAUAAAUCCCAGACCUGAUAUAAGUAUUAAUCUAUGGAGUAUACUUAAGAAUUGUAUAGGAAAAGAACUAACAAAGAUUCCCAUGCCAGUGAAUUUUAAUGAACCCUUGUCAAUGUUACAAAGAUUAACUGAAGACUUGGAAUAUUCUGACGUACUUGACAGAGCAACUGCCUGUCACUCAUCACUAGAACAAAUGUGCUAUGUUGCAGCAUUCACUGUCUCGUCAUAUUCAACCACUAGUCACAGAACAGGAAAACCAUUUAACCCGUUGUUAGGAGAAACAUAUGAGUGUGAUCGCUCAGGUGAUAAAGGAUGGCGUUCACUUGCUGAGCAGGUGAGCCAUCACCCACCAGCAUCAGCCCUUUAUGUUGAGCAUAAGGACUGGAUCUUCUGGCAAGAGUUUACUGCUACUAGCAAGUUCCGUGGCAAGUACCUACAAAUCAUCCCCCAAGGAGUAGCACAUUUGAAAUUUAUUAAGUCAGGGAAUCACUAUACUUGGAGAAAAGUUACUACAACAGUUCAUAAUAUUAUUGUAGGAAGACUUUGGAUUGAUCAGUCCGGUGAAAUGGACAUAGUCAAUCAUACGACCAAUGAAAACUGUCAUCUCAAAUAUGAUGCUUACAAUUAUUUUGGUAGAGAUACUCCUAGAAAGGUAACUGGUGUAGUGACAGACAACUCCAAGGUCGUAAGAUAUGUUAUAUCAGGUACUUGGGAUGCCAAAAUUGACUGUGCUAAAGUGGUUUAUCACAAGUCCCCUUCGCUUGGGAAAGGUACUGCCACUCCACAGAAGGGUACACCCCAGACCUUGCCUGCUACCACUAUAUGGCAGAGGAUUCUUCCUCCGCCAGAACAUGAUAAAAUGUACUUCAUGACAGAGUUUGCCAUCACACUGAAUGAAGCUGAACAAGGUGUAGCACCAACUGAUUCACGUAACAGACCAGACCAACGUCUCAUGGAAGACUGCAAGUGGGAGGAAGCAAACCAAGAGAAGUUGAGAAUAGAAGACAAGCAAAGAGCUUGGAGAAGACGUCGGGAGCAAGAAAGUGCUGAGGCACUUGAUGAGGGCAUAGUUUUAGAUGGCUAUAAACCUGUCUGGUUUGAGCAAAUUGUUGAUGAAUUGACAGAAACACCUAUGCAUGUCUAUAAGGGUGGCUACUGGGAAGCAAAAGAGAAGGCAGAUUGGUCACCAUGCCCUGAUAUUUACUAGGAUGACUGAGCAUCUAAUUAAUUACAAACACUGGUCCAUCACCGGUAUGCAAAGUGGGGGAUUGAUCAACCAUGUGAUUCAUUGUCAAAUUAAAUGGACUCAAACGACAACUUAAUCAAGUGACUGUUACAUUCAAAGUGACUAUGCUUAGUUCUAAUGUUCUUGAAUUGACCAAAAAAAAAUGCAAAUUAUAAAUUAAUAGGUUUUUUUUGACAGACUAUAAAUCACAUUAAAAAAUAGCUUUUUAAUACAGCUGAAAGAGUUGAAUAAACACUGUUAAAUUUUGGCUCUUUUACUCUCUUGUUUUGUUCCUGAAUAUGUGUAUGGGUGUGAAGUAUAGAAUCUGUUUCUAGACAGAGACAUUGAUGUAAGAUGAAUGCUGAGUUUGCACAGUGAUAAAUACCUAGUUGGAAUAAUGGCGAGAAGCAUGAAAAUUGAAUUGCUUUCUCAUUUUAUGCAAGGCGAGAGCUCCAUUUGAAGAGUGCUGUGAACUGUAAUUUUACCAAGGCCAUAUUACGUUUUCUAAAUAUGAAAGCAUUGAAAAAAAGAACCUGGUGGAACUUGUAGUCCUUUGGUUUAUUAAGGGCCUAUUGUAGAAAGGAAAGAAAAGGCUUUUUAAAGCUCUAAGAUCUUCACAAUAAUAAUUAACAGUUUUUCUAAAGUGAGAAUUCUAUAUAGCAUAAGAAGUUCAGCAUAAAACAUGAUUUGAAAGCAGUGCAAGAAAAUGAUAAUUAUAUAUAUUUUUUGAUUACCGAAAUAUCAAGUUCACAACAAGCUCAGAUACAUGGUUAUUUGGAUGGUUAUUUGGAUAUCUCAAAAACCAAAUUCAUUAGUAAUGACCGGUUAUUAUUAUUAUAGGGGGUGGGAGGUGUGUGUUGGCUGGUGCAAUAUGGAAUAUUGCAUGCUUAAAUUUUACUAACCCACCCUUAUCCGCAAGCAACAAAAAACAACAAAAAAAAGUCUGUAUGCAUUAAAGGACACUGUCAAUGGAUGACAUGCGCAGUAACAGUCUCACCUCUAAUGGACUUUAAAAGUAUUACCUUCAAGGUAAAUCAUUUUGUGGUGCUUUUGACACACUAUGGAAUAUUCUAGAUCUGUUUACGUUUACGAGCUGAUUUAUGUCGCGCCAACUUGGAGUCAUAAACUUGAAAACACUAGCCUAGUGCUUUCAAGUUUACUUGUGCAUGCGUGCCAUUGACAGUGUCCCUUUAACUGAGAAAUAAGUCUCAGCAUAGGUAUUUCCAAGGGUUUUCCAUAGGGUGGUUUGGAUAAUGGGAAUGGCACUGUGUUUUGAGUGAAAAGAUUGAUUUGUAAAGCAAAGUUUAAUAUUGGAAAUAAACCUUGAUUUUUGGAAGUUA